AUGGUCUCUGUUUACUUGGUUCCAGCCCUGUGUUUGGGCACGCAUUCAGAGACGUCAUUCUUCAAGGUCUUCGAGACCCUCCUGUGUUCGUCAUAUCGACCAGAGCGGGGAGCCGUUAAGUGCCCCGCUGGCACGCAAAUCCACCUCCUCUCAGCAUUCCUUGGACCUCAAGCGGCCCUCGUCAAAGCCGAGGGUCCGAUCCCUGAAGGCGUCGUGCCCUGUCAGCCCCCAGUUCCAAGCCCACCGAAGACCUCUUCCCCGCCCCACUGCCUGAAAGCCAAGGACGUCACUCAGCCUUUGAAACAACUGUGCGAGGGUAAAUCAAACUGCAACAUUUCACCUGGCCAAUUCGCUUCAAAUGAGACGGUGUGUCGCGGAAUAGCAAGCGAAAUUUUUGUCUCCUAUCGCUGCGAGCCCAGUCCCCAAUUGGUGCAGUUCCGGGUUAUCUGUCGGGACACCUACAUGGAGAUAAAAUGUCCCCCCUCCCAUCGAUCCGAGGAGGUUCUUGUCGUAUUGAAUGCCCAGUUGGUCAAACACGCAGAAAAGAACACCUGCCCCGAGGUUGCAGAGCCCGACAGUGCAGUGGGUGUGUGCGCAGUUCGCAUGGACGUGACGGCCAGCGUGGUGGACCUGUGCAACCGCGAGCGCUCCUGCUCGGUCAUGCCCGACGCCGCCAUGCUGCCCCACGGCUACCCUGAGGUCUGCGCGCGCCGCCACCUCCAACUGAGCUACGCCUGCGUGCCUCUAAGCGUGCUUGAGGAUGAUCGAAAGUUGGCGGGGAAGCACGUGCCGCGUCAUCCAAAGCUCAGGCAUUGCAAACUAAAACUUACAGCUUCAAUAUUUUCUCAAGCUCACCAGAAGAAGAAUCGCCGAGAGCACAGUGCUCUUCUGACACCUCAUGCCCCAAAUUUGCCAGUUUAUCAGCAAGAGCAACUGGAUCCGGGAGCUUAUCACAAAUUGUCCAAUUCUGAAUUUGAAAGGUCCGCUUACUCUGGCUACGCGGGAGAAUCCGUACACGUUAAGACAUCUACAUUAACCGAUGAGAGGACGGGACAAGUGCCAAUGAAACUUCUUCCUGACAACAUGUCGAUGUUCCCUUUGAUAUUAGGAGUUAUAGUCGGUCUCGCAGUACUGGUUCUGCUUAUCCUUCUGCUGAUUGCAAUUGGAUUCCGGACAAGGCGCCAGAGGGCAGCCUACGCCCAGCGUAAAGCCCUUUCCGACCCGCCGAACACGGAUACGACCUUUUCAGACGGCGACAAGCAGCCAAAAGGCCCGUGUGUUCAGCAGCAGCCUGUGAACGGUGCAGGUAACUACGGAUACCUGAGGCCGGGUCAGCAGGGGAGAGACAGCGGUGCUGGGGGCGUGGCGUCCACGUACAUGUCUCAUGCGCUCUUCGCGACUGAAGCUUCGUGGCCAUCCGGACUUCAGCCGCCUCCAACUGGAGGCAACUACUUCGACGAAGAGCAGCCAAACGUCAUCGUUUCGCCAUUAGGAAGAGAUUCAGGGUCGCAGGGAUACAUACAACUUCCUGUGAUGUCGCAUUCGUGCACAACAACGGACGGUCUUGGUGGCACGCGCAUGUGCUCGCCGGCAGUGAACUCAAGCCUUUCAACAGAGAGCGAUCGAUUUUCGGGUCGCGCGAGCAGCCAUCCCUCGUCCUUCCAGCCCCUGUUUCCGACCUCUCCCAACUGCCACAGGACACAAACGUGUGCUGACAAGCAGCCAGGACAGCAGAUGUGGAUUGGCUAUGACGGGCCCCUCACAAACGGUGACGCGAGCCACUUGCUAGUGCCACCCGGUGGUGGCAAUGACAAACCCCACGCACGAACCGGCUCCUUCGAGAGCCUCAUUGAACCUCCGGAGAGCUUCAAGAACCAAUCACAGCCCGUGGAACCCGUGGACUCGGUGCCACCUGGAAUGCCUCCGCUGACGCUGGAUGCACCUUCGGCGCUGACGCAGUCCUACAGUUGGGGCUGGCAAGAACCAGGCGUCAGCUACCACUAA